AGACCAUAGAUUAUACACUUAAUAUAUUUGCUUUAGACAGAAGUGAACAUAACUUAAGUGUUCUUUCUAAAUAAUUAUUAAAGUGUAUUCAUAUUAGGUGUAUUAACAUUUAACAAUGAGAUAAUCUUAACAGAGAAUUAAGUCAUUUGAUUAUUAUUAUUUUGAACUUGUAUUUAUUAUGGGUUAUAAUUUCUCACUGAAUGCACUGAAUCGCUUCGACAAUUAAUAAGUAAUGUUCGAAUUGCCUGUCAAAAGGAUCUUUUAUCAAAUACAAUAAUUGUUUUUUUAUAUUAUCUUCAAAUAUGGAAUUACAAGAGCCUACCCCGGAAGCUUUACAAAGAAAAUUAUAUUUCUUAUUAGAACAGUUACAAGAUAUGGCCAGAGAACUGCCUCCUAAAUAUCAAAUGCGGGUACCAAUUGAACUCUUAUCAGGAUUAGCUAACUGUCUACUGAAUGACACAAUUUUCGAAAUAGUCAAAGGCCUAAUGGAGAUUCAACAUGUCACAGAGAAACAUUUAUUCCAACAAAGACUGCAAGUUAUUAAUAAGCAUACAUUAGAAAUACAAAAAAUGAUAAAUAAUACAACUGAUCCACAACAGCAAGACUUACAAAAGGCCUUACUAUUAUCAAGGCAUAAAGAGGAGAUGAAACAAACUGAUAUGAAAUUAAUUAUGCAACUUGAUCAGAAGGUAAGUGAUCAGCAAGUAACACUAGAAAAGGCCGGUGUCCCUGGAUUUUUUGUAACAAACAAACCCAUAGAAAUUAAAGUGCAGAUGUAUUUACUCGAUUUUAUUUUAAGACUUAGUAAGAUGGAUGUGCCACACAGUGUUUGUUAAGUAGAAGUUUAUAUAUUCAAAUGUACAAACAAAGUAAAAGUUAUCUCUGAUGAAAA